CACUCACUGUGCACGCAGCAUACCCUUCCCCACUGCCCCGGUAGUGAUUUUUGCCGUAUUCACGUGGCAUUUUACGACACUUCCGUUAUCGGGGAGUGUGGCGGUAUCUAGUGAAGAGGUGUCCGGGUUUGUUUCAGACCGCAGGAAUAAACAUGGAGGUACCUCUGCCUCCGGAAGACCAGGAGCUCCGAAAUGUCAUUGACAAAUUGGCGCAAUUUGUGGCUAGAAAUGGACCCGAAUUUGAGAAGAUGACAAUGGAAAAGCAAAAAGACAACCUUAAAUUCUCCUUUCUCUUUGGAGGAGAGUACUUUAACUAUUACAGAUGUAAACUUGCAAUGGAACAGCAACAGCUGCUUUAUAAGCAAGGUCAAGAUUUGGAACCCAAGGCUCAAAUUUCCACAAUCCCACCACCUACUCUCCCUCUGCCCCCUGCACUUGAACCACCACCUCAAGGUGCCCCACCAAUUGAGGAUCUGAUUCAGCAAAGUCAGUGGAACUUUCAACAGCAGGAACAGCAGCUCCUUUCAUUGAGACAGGAGCAGAUAACUGCUGCGGUAGCACACGCUGUAGAGCAACAGAUGCAGAAACUGCAAGAGGAGACCCAACUGGACCCAACUGAAUUUGACAACUUACUGCAGCCAAUCAUUGACACCUGUACAAAGGAUGCGAUAUCUGUUGGCAAAAACUGGAUGUUCAGUAAUGCAAAAUCUCCCCAACAUUGCGAGCUAAUGGCAGGACAUCUGUGCAACCAUAUUACAGCUGAAGGGGCAUGUUUUGAAUUGAGACUCCACCUCAUAUAUUUAAUCAAUGAUGUGCUACACCAUUGCCAGCGCAAGCAAGCACGGGACCUUCUUGCUGCUCUUCAAAAAGUAGUUGUACCUAUCUACUGUACCAGCUUCCUAGCUGUUGAAGAGGACAAGCAGCAGAAAAUUGCACGAUUGCUGCUGCUCUGGGAAAAGAAUGGCUACUUUGAUGAGGCUACAAUUCAGCAGCUACAAAGCCCUGCCCUAGGGUUGGGGCAGCACCAGGCAGCAUUACUUACAGAAUAUUCCAGUAUGGUGCAGCCUGUACUUGUGGCAUUCCAGCAGCAGCUACAGACGCUGAAAACACAACAUGAAGAGUUUGUGACUGGCUUGCAACAGCAGCAAAUCCAAAUCCCAGUGAUGGAACCCAUCCCAGAGACACCAGUUCCUGCACCAGCCCCAGUGCCUGUACCUGUGCUGCCACCACCAGAGGAAGUAAAACCCACAAUGGCUAUCCCCACCCCAGCAGAAUUCGAACCUCCUCCUGCCCCUGUCCCAGAUCCGAAUGCUGGGGGAGGUCGAGGACCACCACCACACGAGCAGAGCCCACAUAACAAACCCCCAUGGUUUGAUCAGCCACAGCCCAUUGCACCAUGGGGACAACAGCAGCCUUGUGAACAACCACCAUUCCCUCACCACUCAGCACCUCCUCACUGUCCACCAUGGAGCAACAGUCAUGAAGGCAUGUGGAACGAACAGCGUGACCCAAACUGGAACAGUGAGCCGGAGUCAGCUUGGAACAAUCAGAGAGAACCCCCAUGGAAUAAUCAGUUUGAUGCUCCUUGGAGCAACCAGCAUGAGCAGCCUCCCUGGGGUGGAGGUGGGCAGAGGGAUCCCCACUUCCGCAUGCAACGACCUCCACACUUCCGAGGACCCUUUCCACCUCAUCAGCAGCAUCCCCCUCAAUUCAACCAGCCUCCACAUCCUCAUAACUUCAAUCGUUUCCCCCCACACUUUAUACAGGAAGAGUUUCCACCGCGGCACCCUUUUGAGAGACCACCUUUCCCACAUCGAUUUGAUUUUCCCCAAGGGGAUUUCCCAGCAGAUAUGGGCCCACCUCAUCAUCACCAAGGUCACAGAAUGCCACAUUCCAAUAUGAGUGAACAUCCUCCGUGGGGUGGACCACAACACCCAGACUUUGUCCCUCCACCUCAUGGGUUUAAUGGACAGCCUCCUCAUAUGCGCAGACAGGGCCCUCCACACAUUAACCAUGAUGACCCCAGUCUGGUCCCCAAUGUACCAUACUUUGACUUACCGGCUGGUCUGAUGGCCCCUUUAGUUAAGUUGGAAGAUCAUGAAUACAAACACCUUGACCCUAAGGAUAUUAGGCUUCCACCUCCAAUGCCCCCAAGUGAGAGGCUCUUGGCUGCUGUUGAGGCAUUUUACAGUCCUCCUUCACAUGACAGACCCCGUAACAGUGAGGGUUGGGAGCAAAAUGGCCUUUAUGAAUUCUUCCGAGCCAAGAUGAGAGCACGACGUAGGAAAGGACAAGACAAACGCAACAGGCCUUCAAGAUCUCGGAGCCGCUCAAAUAGUCAGGGACAAUCAUCUUCACGUUCCAACUCCAGAUCUUCCUCCCGCUCUUAUUCUAGAUCUCACUCUAGAUCGCGCUCCCGUUCCAGAUCUUACUCCAAGUCAAAAUCCAGGAGCAGAAGCAGGUCCCGAUCAUCCAGAAGUCACUCAAGGUCACGAUCUCGGUCCAAAUCUUUUUCACCUGAGAGAAGGCGCCGAUCAAGAUCUCGUAGUGCAACCCCACCUUCCUCUUCAGGUUUAGGUUCUGGACCAGCAGGGCCUGUGCCUAAUGUCCGUUUAGGAGAGGAAAACAAGGGUCACCAAAUGUUAGUAAAAAUGGGAUGGAGUGGGGCAGGUGGCCUUGGUGCCAAUGAGCAGGGAAUCCAGGACCCAAUUAAAGGAGGGGACAUUCGGGACAAAUGGGACCAGUACAAGGGUGUUGGAGUCUCACUUGGUGACCCAUAUGAAAAUUACCGCAGGAACAAAAGCUACUCCUUCAUUGCCCGUAUGAAAGCCAGAGAUGAAAAUUUAAAAGCAGGAGGACCGUUUCCCCCUGGUGCAGCACCUCAAGUGAAACGAGAGGGGUCAGAUCCGCAAGAGCAGGAAUGAAGCAGAGGACUCCAUGUAGCCUGAAUUAAUUACUAAAUACGAAAUGGGGCAAAUGGGUACUUGAGAUGUGCUCCUGAACACCCCACUCCCACAGGAAACUGAUAAAACAAUUGGACGCCAAAAAAUUAUUUGAUGAACUGUUACCAGUUAAGUCUGUGAAAAGAUCAGUAUUGUAAAACACCAGAGAAGACCCCCCCCCCCAUCUCAUGGAAUACUGAUGCUAAUUUAAUAAUCCUACAAGGUACUUAAAGUAUAGUAGUACUGUAUCUGCUUGCAGCCUUAGCAUCUUUGAAUGGGGUUUAUUCAUUAUCGUGGGCCAAACACAAGAUAUCUAUAGCUGACUCAGAACCCCUGCAAACAGUGUUGAUACAUUUUGCAUCUUGCAAAGCCUUAUGGGAUUAGACUGAGAAUAGGACAGACUGACUUUUCUUCCUUAACCUUUGCUAUGGCUGCAAUUUCAUCACCUGCAGACUUUUCAAAUCUUCACUUCAGAUUUGUUUUGCUUUUUGAAUUGAAGCAGAAGGUUUUGGCUUUUCAUACAGCAUAGUAUAAGAAAGCAGUACUGGCCCAAAUCAGUUUAGAGCGAGAGGAGAAUUGCUCUAUAUAAGUUUUAAGGGACACUGAUGUAAAUUAUUCUGCCAUUGUAUCCCUUAAUAUUGAUCACAGUUGAGUCUGUGAUAGGGGUGUUUUUUGCAUCUUCUGUUUAUAUGUGUGCAUCUUUGCAUCAUCUCAUCUUUGCAUCUCAUUAUUUUUUGUAAAAUAAUAAAAAAAAAAUGUAUUUCCA